UCGUCAGACGUCUGCUGACGUGGAGGAAGGACACUUCCGGGUUAGACGUUUGGGACAUGGCCCAGGACCCCGCGCCGGUUCUCCGGCUCUCGGAGAUGAAGGACCCGCUGGUUCUGUUCGAGCGCUACAACACCGAGGAGAUCCGCCGGAUCGAGCGGCGGGUCCGCGGGGACAUCGAGCAGAAGAAGGAGGAGCUGCGGCAGAUGGUGGGGGAGCGGUACCGGGACCUGAUCGACGCCGCCGACACCAUCGGGGAGAUGAGGCAGUGCUCGGAGCGGGUGGUCCGGUCCGUCCAGGACAUGCAGCGGUUCUGCCAGCUGCUGAAACAGAGCAGACCCGGCGCGGGGGCGGCCGCUGCCGAACAGAACCAGAGGCAGGUCCAGGACGGGUUCUACUGCAUGGCGGCGCAGGUCGCGCUCCUGCUGGACAUCCCGGAGCGCAUCUGGAGCGCCAUGGAGGCUGCGCAGUACCUGCAGGCCACGCGCCUCUACCUGCUGUGCUGCCACCUGCACGGCCUGCUGCGGCUCGACUCCGCCUCCGCGGGCCACUUCAGCCCGGUUCUGGCCCGCUUCCCCAUCCUGGUGCGGCAGGUUUCCACGACGGGACACUUCAGGUCCACCAUCCUGAUGGACAGCAAGUCCCUGCUGCGGGGCCGAGCCGUGUCGGACCAGGCCAUCGCUGAGGCCCUGGUGUCCACCAUGCUACUGGAGGACAGCUCUCCUCGCCGGGCCCUGGCCGACUUCCUGUUGGCCCGGAAGUCCUCCAUCCACCAGCUGCUGAACCAGCCGCAGCACGGUGCAGGGAUCAAGGCCCAGGUGUGCAGCCUGGUGGAGCUGUUCGUGACCACGCUGUUCCAGGCCUACGCCGUCUUCUACCUGCCCCCAGAGGGAGCCCCCCGGCCAGGGGAAGGGGCCCUGGGCUGUGGCAUGCUCUUCACCAUCCUGGAGAGGGUCACCUCCUGCAGCUCCGCCGCCAAAGGCAGCAAGGUGCUGCAGGAGGAGGGAAGUACGGGCACCUGGUUCCGGUUUCUGCCCCCGUCCGUCACAGAGUUCCAGCCCACCCUUCGCACCCUGGCCCAGCCCAUCCAAAGAGAGCAGCUGCAGGACACGCUACAGCAGUGGAUCGACACGGUCAAGGAGGACAUCUGCCGAGGCGUCAGCAGCCUGUUGGUCUACGUCAAGAGCCUGAAGGGGCUGGCGGCCAUCAGAGACGCCGUGUGGGACCUUCUGAGCACAGACUCCAUCAGUCAGCACUGGAGCGCUGUGUGUCAGAGGCUGCUGGAGCGCCCCCUGGCUGUGUGGGAGGACUUCCUGCAGCAGCUCUUCCUUCAGCGCCUGCAGGCCAUCACCAAAGAGGAAACAGAAGCUAUUGCAGCCAGCUCCGUCCAGCUGCUCUCCUCAGCCCUGCAAGACCUGCAGAGCCAGACCACCCAGUCCUCCUCGCACCCCAGUCCCAGCGCCGAGCGCCAGGCGCAAUUUGAAGUGGAUGUGGCGUCCUUCCUGUGGUCAGAGUCUGCUGGAGACCUGCUGAGCGACGGGGGCUGGGUCACGGUGGCCCAGAGAGGCCCGCAGCACCAGAGGAGCGGCCUGGCCAUGAAGACGCAGGCCCUCACGCCAUGCGUUCAGAACUUCUGCUCCUCACUGGAGGCCAAGCUGAAGACCAGGCUGGAUGACCUUCAGUGCUACCUGCCCCCCCAGGACUCAGGGUCCACGCUCCCCCCUGGGUCCACGCCCCCCUCUGGGUCCACGCCCCCCUCUGGGUCCACGCUCCCCCCUGGGUCCACGCUCCCCCCUGGCGUCCCCGAGUCCUCCUCGUUUAGCCGCCUCACGGACACACCGGCCGUAGAAGCGGCUCUACGGGACGGCUGCGCAGCCUGCGUGCAGCGGCUGCUGGCCUCCAUCCGCUCUGAGCUGGCGGCGGUCUCGCCGGACUCCGCUGGCGCUCGCCUCAGCUCGGUUCUGUUCAUGGCCCGGCUGUGCCAGUCGGUCUGCGAACUCUGCCCCAACCUGAAGCUCUGCAUUUUGGGCAAACACGGCGAGUCCGAGCUCAGUGCCAGGGGGAUCCCCCGGCAGGCUAAGAAGCUGGGCAAACUCAAGACCGCCGUGGAGGUCAGCCCCGCUCAGGCUGAGUGGGCGGGGCUGAAGGAGGAGCUACUGGGAUGCAGCAUGGAGGCCUAUCGCAUCUGGAGCUCCGCCCUGGCUCAGGUGCUGAUGAAGGAGUUUGCCAGAGUCCUUCAUGCUGAAUCGGCGGGCUCUGUCCUCGCCACGGCAACGAACUGGGAGGAUGUGGAGAUCCAGGAAGAGUCGGAGUCUGGGACCAGCGUCACGUCCAAAAUCCGGCUUCCAGUCCAGCCGUCCUGGUUCCUGCAGUCUCUGCUGUUCCAGCUGUGUGUGGAGGUCAACAAAGUGGGGGGGCACGCCCUUCUGCAGCCCACCCUGCAGGAGCUGCUGCAGGCCUGUCUGGGUCGGGCCCUGGAGCAGUACAACGAGCUGACGGAGCGCCAGCGCCACGGGGACGUGUUCCCCAUGACCCAGAACCGGGCCCUGCAGAUGCUCUUUGACCUGCGCUUCCUGCACAGCACGCUGAGCAGCAGGCUGGAGGAGGGCAGGAGCUCCCGCCCACCCCAGGACCGCAGGUUGAUCCAGAUCUGUGAUUGGUUGGAGAGCUUCAUCGACCCGUUCGACCUGGACGUCUUCACACCCUCCCUCAACGCCAACCUGACACGCCUCACUCAGAGGACUUCGGUGCUGUUGGGGCUGCUGAUGGGCCCAGAGAAGCAGUUUUCUGCACGGAGCAGUCCUGUGAAUUCCUCGGAGCCGUACAACAUCCUGCCGCUAGCCAGCAGUCAGCUGAGGUUCGGGUUGUUGCCUCUCAGCAUGUCGAACGAGCGCAAACCCAAAGCGGCGUCCGCUGCUCCACAGAAGGCGGCUCGCCAGUCCUCUUCGGCCACCAUGGACGACGCUUUCCGGCCCGGCAACCUCUUCAGGCAGCUCGCCGAGAAGGACGAGGACUCCUCCUCUUCCUCCCUGUUCAGACUGGGCUGGCUGUCUGGAAUGGCCAAAUGAGCCGUCACCCCGCCCCAAAUGAGCCGUCACCCCGCCCCAAAUGAGCCGUCACCCCGCCGGGUUCACGUUUGACACCCUUUGUAAAAAUGUUGUACAGUAAAUUCUUCUAUCAGAGAAA